UUUUUUUUCAAUAUUUUAUCUGCUUUGCAAAUAGGUCUUGAACCCAUUGGAUGCAGUUUGCAAUGUAAAGCGUCCCGAUGCUGUUUGCGUGAGCAAUCUGAAAUAUUCCAAGAAGAUCGAUAAGAGCGUUCUCGCUGAGAGGCCAGAUGUUAAGAUCUUCCUGCCAUUCCGUUUCUACUUCUAUCGUCCUGAGGAGCUCUUCCAGCCCAACACCUACAACAGGUUCUUAGUGGCACCUGGAGGAGAUCAUCUCAUUUCUCUGAUCGACGAGAUCUCAUACGUGCCUCCACCGGCACCGAUGAUCUCCCAGAUCCACGAUAUCCCACCGGAGCAGUUCUGCAACGGUGACAAUCGCCCACCAGACUGUGAUCUGAACUGCCUAUGCACCCAUAUGGUGGAUAUACCACUGAAUGCCAUUGUCGAAGUGGUUCUGGUGGACGAAGUUCAGCAGACCAAUUUGAGCCAUCCUUUCCAUCUGCACGGUUAUGCGUUCCACGUGGUCGGAAUGGGUCGAUCUCCGGAUAGCACCGUGAAAAAGAUCAAUCUAAAGCAUGCCCUCGAUCUCGAUCGGCGGGGUCUGUUGCACCGAGAAUUUAGUCGUCCACCUAUGAAAGACACCAUUGCAGUACCAAACAAUGGUUAUGUGGUACUGAGAUUCAGAGCAGACAAUCCAGGUUUCUGGCUGUUUCAUUGCCAUUUCAUGUUUCACAUCGUCAUCGGCAUGAAUUUGGUGGUCCACGUGGGAACACAUGCCGAUUUGCCACCCGUCCCGCCCAAUUUCCCAAAAUGCGGCCACCAUUUACCCCCAAUUAAAUUCCACUGAACAACCAUUUCUCAUGCCUUUAGGCCAAGAGAUCAAUCAACAAGAAACAACAACAAAAAAAAGAGUGAAACAACUCAUGAUUAGUCAAUGAAUUUGCUGCAAUUCUAUUUGUCUACGCAGAUUGUACAAUAUCGUUAAUUUAAUGUUCAACUCUCGAGAAAAACUCUUAAUUCAUUAAUCCAAUUUUCACUCAUAUUAUCAUUCUACUACAUCCUCUCUCCCUCAUCCCCAUAUCGACACAAAAAACGAGGAAGAUGACGAAAAAAAAUCUAAUUACGACACAUCGAUUAGACGAGAUAAAACUGUGUGUAAAUAAGAGUAGCUUUAAUAGUUAGUGGCAAAUGUGAUUAUGCUAUCUAAUAAUACUACAGUUACAACAUUCUAGGAUUAGAACUUAUUGCGAAUGUAUAUAAAUUUAUCUGUUGUAUUUAAUAAAAUCCCUGAAACUCU